AUGAGCUUACAGGGAUAUAAUCAGUUAAAGUCAGAGUUUAAUAGACAAGAACUGUCUAGGAAGGACAAAAGGCGAUACAAUAUUGAAUCAAAGGUAAUGAAGAUAAGGCAGAGCUUUGCUGCAGAUAAGGAUAUACACUAUAGAGACCGAUUGACGCAUCUACAAUCAACUCUUACGAGUUUACAUCAGAGGAACAAUAUCGCAUUUACUAGAGCGCUUCGGGAUUUGGAAGAAGAACGCGAUUUGGAGUUAGUUAGACUACGUUUCUUCGAAGAGUAUAGGGUUCAUAGGUCCCGAAUUGAGUUUCAAGAAGAUAUUGAGAGAACUAAGGAAGAGCACGACCGCAUGAUUAAGUUAUGUAAAGAGAAGCUAUACGAGUCAUUUGAAAAGAAAAUAAAGAAACUGAAGGAAGACCGCAUGCUAAUGGAUGUGGCUAAUGCUCACUCGUAUGUUAUGGACCAUCCAUCUGCUAGACUUCAUAAAAACGUUGUUACCGCCGCACAAGGCACCUGGGAUUCGUCCGCUAGUGAAGUUGGGAACGGGGCUGGUGGAGCCAGUGCUAACGAAAGUGGUACAGAAAAUGGAGCCGAACGGAGGACCCUAAGAAGGCGUAUUCCGAACCAUGCCACAGCCAGGGCUAUUAACGAAGAAUCCGAAUAUGCAUCCAACAAAGAGUCGUCAGCCUCGCUGGGCGGUUCCAGAAUGGGAAAUGGAGGCUUAGGUGGAAAUGGCGUAUUUCCAAUGGGUAGCCAGAACAACAGCGACUCUGAGUUCCUGCAAUACAUAAGUGACUCUAACGAACUACACGCAUUACUCUUCGGUUCCGAGGAGAAAGACAGUGAGAAAAAGAAGGCGAGAACUAACCAGAGGCUGUCAACGAAGGGUGCGCCUCCCCUACAGUCCCUAACACAAGAUGAAGUCACAGAAGACAUAGCCCUAAUACGACAACUAACUGGCCAGCCACCAGCCCCCUUUAAAGUAUAA